CGAUCAGAAGGCCACGUGGCACCUAUCACUAUCUAAAUACAGUUCUAGUAAUUCUAUUUUACAUCUAAUGGCCAAUCAAAGCAAAACCAUUUGGCUUCUAUCCUCAAAUCUACCCAAACUGCGGUGUCAUGUGAGAACGGAUCAACCGUUGGCCGCACUUCUUAGGCAAAAAUAUGCAAAGGCAUUUGGAGUUGCUACUGAGACUCUGAUCCUGGCCUUCGAUGGGGAGAAAAUCCAGGAGGAGGAUACAUUUGACUCCUUGGCCAUGGAGGAUAAUGACAUCAUCGAUGUUGUAGAAGAAUGUUAGUGCUCGAAGACUAUGAAGCCAAGUUAAUAGAGUGGGAGUGAAGCAGGCGACAUAUUGUACACUGAAAAUAUUGGAUAAAAAUUGUAAAAUAGAAACUCAAACGCAAAUAUACACAUAGCUUUGGUAAUAUAUUGUCUAAA